AGUCAGUGGCUGGGCAAGUGCAGUGCAGCCUGUAGGUUGUGUAGUUGGCUGUCUCAAGGACAAGAGAAGGGUUACAGUACACAAAAGAGGGCUAUUUCAACACUGAUGGCGCAUCAAAGGCAUUUUCUCCAGUUUGGUUGUUUAUGUUUGGUUUGACGAGAGGAGAUGGAUGUCCAAAUGGUGCUGGGGGGGCCGGAUACUGUUCUUCUGGCCAAUAAUCCUGACGCAGGAAGUGGCUGUCUGAAGCAUCCCUGUGAGGAGCAGGAAAGAAGCUCCAGCCCAUCUGUCUUUCGUUCUGUGACCACCACAUGGAAGGAGGGUCUAUUAAAUCGAAAGAGACCAUUUGUUGGAAGGUGCUGUCACUCUUGCACACCCCAGAGUCAGGAAAGGCUCUUCAAUACCAGCAUCCCCUCACUAGGGCUCCGUAAUGUGAUUUACAUCAAUGAAACGCACACAAGACACAGAGGUUGGCUAGCACGGAGACUGAGUUAUGUUCUUUUUGUCUUGGAGAGAGAUGUCCAGAAGGACAUGUUUGCUCGAAACGUGGUGGAGAACGUGCUCAACAACAGCAGGGUGGAAAGCGCUAUUGUGGACGUAGCAGCGGAGGGUGGUAAUGUAGAUGCAGAGUCUGAAGUUGAUCCCAAAGCUGCCAGUAAAGUAAGACGGAAGGCCAGAGGAUUCCUACAAGAAAUGGUGGCCAAUAUCUCACCUGCCUUUAUCAGAUUAACAGGAUGGGUGUUGUUGAAACUAUUUAAUGGCUUCUUCUGGAGCAUUCAGAUUCAUAAAGGUCAGCUGGAGAUGGUGAAAAAAGCAGCAUCUGAGUACAAUGCUCCUCUGGUCUUCCUUCCUGUUCACAAGUCCCACAUAGACUACCUGCUCAUCACUUUCAUCCUCUUCUGUCACAACAUCAAAGCACCUCAUAUCGCCGCCGGCAACAACCUCAACAUCCCCAUCUUAAGCACACUGAUUUGCAAACUGGGGGGAUUCUUCAUUCGGCGUAAACUGGAUGAGACCUCGGACGGAAAAAAGGAUUUGUUAUACAGAUCGCUGUUACAUGCAUACACGGAAGAAUUGUUGCGGCAGCAGCAGUUUCUGGAGGUGUAUUUAGAGGGCACGCGCUCUCGCAGUGGAAAGCCAUCUCCAGCACGUGCGGGCAUGCUCUCCAUUGUGGUUGAAACACUCUAUAUCAGCAGCAUCCCAGAUGUUCUCAUCGUGCCUGUUGGCAUCUCAUAUGAUCGCAUUAUUGAGGGAAACUACAACAGCGAGCAGCUGGGAAAACCUAAGAAGAAUGAGAGUUUGUGGGGUGUGGCCUGCGGUGUGUUCAGAAUGCUCAGGAAGAACUACGGCUGUGUUCGUGUGGAUUUCACUCAGCCCUUCUCUCUUAAGGAGUACCUGGACACACAACACUGUCGGCAUCUCCAAGCCCCUCUCACACUAGAGCAGAUCUUACUCCCUACCAUCAUUGCUGCACAGCCUGAUCAGGCUGUGUUUAAUAGAGAAGAGGAAGAUCGUCUCAAUUCUAGAGACCUUUCAGAUGAGCCCUGGAGGAGGCAGGUCAUCUCUAACUUGGCCAAGCACAUACUCUUCACUGCCAAUAAGUCAUCAGCAAUCAUGUCCACUCAUAUCGUGGCCUGUCUCCUCCUGUACCGACACAGAAAGGGUGUGCUGCUGUCUAAAUUGGUGGAGAAUUUCUUCAAUAUGAAGGAAGAGAUCUUAUCACGGGACUUCGACCUGGGCUUCUCUGGGAACUCGGAGGAUGUGGUCAUGCAUGCACUCAGCCUUCUGGGAAACUGUGUGAAUGUCACCAGCACCAACAGAAACACAGAGUUCAUCAUUGCCCCCAGCAACACUGUGCCCGCACUCUUUGAGCUCAAUUUCUACAGCAAUGGCCUUUUCCACGUUUUCAUUGCCGAUUCCAUUAUAGCUUGCAGCACACUGGCCCUGCUGAGAGAGCAAGCUGCAGUAACUUCAGAGAAUGAGCAGAAUUCUUUCUCUACCAUGCUCAGUCAAGAGAGACUGAUCCGAAGAGCUGCAGGCCUCUCCCACUUCCUGUCCAAUGAGGUGGCAGUGGCACUGCCGUGUCAGACUUUAUAUCAGGUCUUCCAUGAUGCUAUCAGCAGGUUAAUCGAGUAUGGCAUCCUGAUUGUGGCUGAGGAGGACCAGGAGGAGUUAAGCCCAUCUGAGGAGCCUUGGCCCAAGAAGUUUCCAGAGGCUCUUUCCUGGCGAAGCGAUGAGGAGGAUGAAGACAGUGAUUUUGGAGAUGAACAGAGAGACCGUUACCUAAAGGUGAGCCUAUCUGCUGAGCACCAGGAAUUUUUCACUUUCCUGCAGAAGAUUGUUACCCCUGUGCUGGAGGCCUAUAGUGGUGCAGCUAUCUUUAUUCACAGCCUGAGUUCACCCAUGUCAGAAAGAGAGUACACCCAGCAGCUUUUCAGAUAUCUGCUAACGAGAACAGAGAGAGGAGUGGCUGCAUAUGGAGAGAGUGCCACACACUACCUCGUAAAGAAUACGGUGAAAACAUUCAAAGAGCUUGGGGUGCUUAAAGAAAGACGAGAGGGUGCUGUGUGUCGUCUAGAGCUGAGCAGUGCUUUCUUACCUCAGGCCAACAGGAACAAACUCCUGCAGUACAUUCUGGGUUUCAGCCUGCUGUGAGCAACAUGCUAGGACCAUCAACACAGCUGCCCAGAUCAUUUCCCCUUUGCCAUCCCACUCAAGGGCUUUUUACUGGCUAGCCAUGACUGUCAAAGGUGCUACUCUAAGGAAAGCUUUACCUGGAAGUGCCUUCACUGAACGCCUCAUUAGACUUGAUUUAGUCUUCCUUUCACUGAAAAACCUGCCACUUAUGCACCACUGAAAACGCAACUAAUUCAGUAGUUAGUUCAUUCUACAGGAAGCUUCCACUCACACAGUGAUUGUGGAUUACAAAACUACUUUUGCUGGUGAAAGCCCUUGGUUUUAAGCUAAAAAAAAAUUAUUUUUUUUCUUGCUCUGGGCAUUUAUAUGGUGUCAGUCUGUCUGGUUUUAGUUUUAACUCGGAUCAGAACAUGAAUGUCACUCUUUAUGAGAACAGGUUGCCUUCAGUUUUAACAAACAUAAUUCACCAAGGUAAUAGCGAGUGUACAGAAAUCUUUAAAAAGGGCAUUUAUGGUAAUUUUUCUAAAAUAAAAUAACUAGUGCUGUUAGAUAAUUUAAAGACAUUCUAGCAUUCACUAUAAAUAAACUUGUCGCAGAGAUUUGGAAUAAAGAGUUGACUAUGCAGACAAUUGAGUGUCAACUGUUGAUAAUGGCUGGGUGGAAAUAGUGACUCGUACUGAAAAUUGCACAGUCACAUGAAGACUUUGAAAGGGACAACAUAGUUACUGAGACAUUUGCUCCGUUAAUGGGUCGUUGAAGGUCAGUUCUUUUUUUAUCCGCAUAGUCACUUCCCAUGGGUGCGAUUGGAUUUUCAUGAAGGAUAGUUACAGUUAAUGUCUAUUGUGUAAUAUGCAAACAGUAGAUACAUGCAAUGGUCUUAGCAGGCCAUGAGUAUUGUGUGCAUCAACAGGGGAAACAUUACUGGAAAUUGAGCUUGAAACUUGGCUGACCAUUGCAGGAUUGUUCACAGAUCUUAUCUGUAAUAUUUUAAGAAGAGGUCCCCUUGCAGCCAAGCCCUUUUAUUCCAGCCUCAGUUACUGUUAGUUAUAUUUUAUAUAAGUGUUAAGAUGCUCUGCAAUGAAUUUUCUGUACAUCAGUGAGUGUGUGCAUGUGUGCAAUAUGUCUGUAGUAUGUAUAUUAGACUAUUAAUGUCACAAGCCUGUCUCAAAGCACAAAGAACAAGAAUGCUGAAAAGUCAUUGUUGCCUUGAUAACCACAUACUCAAAAGUGCAAUAUUGUGUUUGUUAGAAAAUGGAUUUAGAGGUUAUAGAAAGUCAAGAGAACCCUGUAAUUGUACAGUGACAUUUUAAUUGUUAUCAGGUGUGACAAAAGACUUGACCACUUAAGGUCCCAACAGUU